AAUUUAGCUGUAUCUACGUCCCAAGGAAACAGUUGAAAUUGGGACAUGCAGCAUCCCUCCCGGGACCGCGGGAUAGAAGCCGAAAUUCAGCACUGUCUUGCUGGAUCCAGUACCGUUGGGAGAGCUCCAAUGGGCCAUUCAAGAAGUCAAUGCGGGAGAAGGCGGUAGAACGCAGAAAUGUGAAUAAAGAGCACAACAGUAACUUCAAAGCCGGAUACAUUCCCAUUGAUGAAGAUCGUUUGCAUAAAACUGGCCUGAGAGGCAGGAAAGGCAACUUAGCCAUUUGUGUGAUUGUCCUCCUGUUUAUCUUGGCUGUCAUCAACUUAAUUAUCACAUUGGUCAUAUGGAUUGUCAUUCGUAUUGGUCCUAAUGGAUGUGAAAGCAUGGAAUUUCAUGACAGCGGCCUUCUCCGGUUUAAACAAGUCUCUGACAUGGGCGUAAUACAUCCAUUAUACAAGAGCACUGUGGGUGGACGACGCAGUGAAGAUCUGGUGAUCACAGGCAACAAUCAGCCGGUGAUUCUUCAACAAGGUUCGACAGUAUUGAAAGUGGACAAGAAUAAGACCUCCAUUACUAGUGACAUCGGCAUGGAGUUUGUGGACCCUCGAACUCAAAACACUUUGUUCAGCACAGAUUAUGAGAAACAUGAAUUCCAUUUGCCAAAAGGAGUAAAAACGCUGAAUGUACAGAGAGCAUCUACAGAAAGGAUUACCAGCAGCGCAAGCAGUGAUCUUAAAAUAAAUGUUGAUGGACAAAUCACUGUCCGUGGAAAUGAAGGAGUCUUUAUAAUGGGAAAGACCAUAGAUUUCCGGACUGGUGGAAACAUUGUACUAAAAGCAGAAAACAGCAUAAUUCUGAAUGGCAGCGUGGUGGUCACUCCUUCCCGGUUACCUACUUCCACAGGGGAGCUGAUGUACGAUGACGGGACAGAGCGUUACAAGCUCUGCAUGUGUGCAGAUGGGACUCUGUUCAGAGUACUGGUGGAGAGUCGUAACAUGGGUUGCCAAACUUCAGUUAACCCUUGUGGAGCCACAUUUUAAAGAGUGACACCAAGCCAUCAAUUCAUGCAGUAUUUUACUUUCAGUAUUUGUUCUGUGUGUGAACUGUUGGGGUACUCUAUUAUAUUUGGCAGCCUGUUUUCACAAUGCUAUCUGUCUGCUUCAUGAAUUCAGAAUUAUACCUCACAUCAAGGUAAUGUAUCUAGGACAUGUCUUUAUUGUACCUACUUUGUAGGGGAAGUAUUUCCUGACAUAACCUUUCAAUACCACUUGGCUUGUUUAAAGCAUUUACGGAAGGCUGAUCAUACAUAUAAGAUGGCUCUGGGUUAAACGCCAUCCUUCCUGAUCACCCCAUACACAUGUGUGGUCUGCUGGGCCAAGCAUUCAUCUUUUGCGAAUAGGUGAGGGGAGAAAGCUCAACAAAAGCAUUGGGCUAUUGACAUCCAAUUCCCCAAUCCUUAUCCUACCCAACAUCUGCCACCGAGGGAGGGUUGGGAGACCCCCACAUACAUUAGCAGGUGUAUCUGGCACAUAUCUAAUGCGUAUGGCUAUCUUUUGGAAAGUUUCAGACUUUUUUUAAUUGCAGAGAUAAUUUUUCCACCUCCUUUUGAAAGUAUCCUUUCUAUCUUAUCUUAAAAAUCUUAGAAAUGUAUACAAUCUUAUGCAAAACUUUCAGCAGCCCCUUUCAAAUGACGUAAGGUUCAAGUAUUCUCCUGUCUUAGCACUGCUCUUUCUGUCACCAGGGUUGGGUGAAUAUGACAUGGAAGCCGUAUUCUGUAUAUGAGCCUGGUGAAAUGUACUCAUGUGUGCAGCAGUAGUUGAUUAUUUACCAAGAGCCGCUAUCUAAAGACUGCAGUAUACACAAAUCUAGUUUGGGACUUUUAGAUUUGUACAUGUUUUCCAUUUUUGAUUGAAAAUCAGCAUACGUUCAGUUGCUUCUGUUUACGUGUAGGCUUUGCAGUUAUGUGAGCCUAAAGACCCCUUUACACAACCAAAGAACAGGAAGGAGCAGUCCUGAUAAUUGCCCUGUAUAAAGGUGCUUCCGAUCACGAGAUGAACAAGCUUGUUCAUUGAGUGAAAGCAAGAAAUCAUGCUGUCUAAACAGAGAUCUGCUGCCCAGAAACAAUAAUUCUCUAAUGGGUAUAAGCAAUUGCAGCAGCGAUCCCUCGUCCCCAUUCAGUGGAGGAGAUUGUUGAACUUAAAUGCAUGUAAGCAGGCAUUUAUCAGGAACAAAUGGAUUGUUCCCAAUAAUUACCUGCUGUAGGCCUGUGUAAAGGGGCCUUAAGGGUUGUCACACACAUUAGAUUUGAUCCUGCAGCCAACUAUGUAAUAUGUAUGUGGGUCUUCCAACUCUCCCCAGGAGAAAGUUUAAUUGAGGAUGCAGGCUUUCAAGCUGCUCAGUUUUUUGUUCCCUAGGGAGAUAUGGUGCUCCUGCUAAGGCAGUGACAUAUCCCCCUCUCCACAUUAAAUAUGGAGAGUCCAGAAGAAUAGCUGUCACUUGAACGAUUUUUAAGUAUAUGGCCACCUUUCUGUUUUUACGGACACUACAUCAAAGCCAUUUUUCAGGCUUUUAGCAUAAUUUCUGUCUGUUCCCAGCAAAGUUCAGCUUGCACAGAAAGAGCACAGUCAAGAUUAGAUUAUGUACACAGCUCAAAGGCAAUUGCAGCUUUACAACAAAAUUAUUUUAAGCAGAAAUGCAUAAUCAUUGUAAACAGUAUAGUUAUGGGAAAUGUCUGCAUUGUAAAUGGUCUUGAAGUGGUGAUGAUCUCAGUCUAAAGCAGGCCAUCUACAUUUGUUGAACAUCUAAUAUGUAUGCUGAUAUCCAGAAACUCCCUAGGUGGUAGAUGUUGGGGAAAAGAAGGAUCAUGCAUGUUUGAUUUCAAGGGCGAUAAACCACUGGCAGAGGCGGCUUACUCCCCUCUACACAUGCAGAACACAUGCACACUUGACUAAGCUGAGAAUUGACAUGUAUGUGGGUGGGGAUAGUUGUUGGAGAAACAAGCAUUUUCCUGACAGCUAAAGUGUAUGGCCUUCUUUACAUUUCCAUUGGAUCUAAUAAUGUUUUCUUCUGCAUUAGCCUAACAUGGAGAUAUUACAUGUAUUUGUUAUUUUUAUGGAUAGUCUGUAUUUUAAUCAGCAUUGGGUAGGAGGGGACCAUCGUUUCCUUUGAACUUUCUAUGUCUGCAAAACGGGUAUUUUGCAGUUUAUAUAGAACAAACUGCCCUCUUACUAUAUAAAAUUAAAAAAAACAUUUCUGCUAGGCAUCAAGGGGGUUCCAGUGGGUGGAUGUUAAUGCAGUAUCUAAUUUAUAUAUCUAUAUUCAGGAGGCAGUAAUUACCGGUAAAUGCAUCAUCCAAAUAAAGUUUUGCCCAGUCCCCUAAUACUCUUAACUUGGAGCAUUGGAAGAGGCAAGACCAUAGGGAGUGAUAGGUUUUGUGGUUAAAGGGAUUUUCUGAGACUUUUAUACUGAUGACCUAUCCUCAGGAUAGGCCAUCAGUAUGUGAUCAGUGGAGGUCCGACACCCGGGAACCCUGCCAGUCAGCUGUUUAAGAAGGUAGUGGCCUUCUCUCAGUUCACCAAGCAAAGCACUAUACCUUGUACAGCGGCUGUGCUUGGUAUCACAGCUCAACUCCUUUCACCUCAAUGGGGCUGAGCUUCGCCUCAGCCAUGUGACCGAUGAACGUGACGUGUUGGUGCCUUCGCAAACAGCUGAUUAAGAAGCAGAUGUUAGACCCCCACCGAUCAGAUAGUUAAAAAUCUUGGAAAACUCCUUUAGAGCAAACCCCAGAUUUUGAAGUGUUUUAUAUCGUUACAUCGGUAUACUGUAUCUUUUCAUCUUGUUUGGUUUGAAAACACUAAUAUCUGUGACCUUAAGCAUUGUGCACUAAUAAGCCAAUACAGUAUUAUCUAUGAAUGCGUGCUGCUGUGGCCCGAAUAUUUAUUUGUGGUAUGUCAGAACUGAGUGCUGUAAAAGAAAAAAGACGAGAAAAAUAAGAGAAAAAUAAAAACAGGACUUGUAUACAAAUGC